GAACACAAUUACUCUAGUAAUAGUGAAAUACACUACAAAAAAACCCUAAGAUCUGCUUACAGAAGUAACAAAGGUUCAGGACUAUUCAUUCAGAGAGGUUCCCACUGUUCAUGUUAAUAUGCUUUAUUUCCCCCUUUCUUUGUCUCCUUUUGAUGUCUGAAGAGCUAGAAUUGUAUCCCUGGAGGAAGAGCUUAAAGGGUUUUGAGAAGUCCAGAACAACCACAGAGCUACUCUUUCUCUUCCCCAUUAUGCUCUUGUGGCUGCUAGCAAAUGAGAAGCUCCUUUCCAGCUUCAGGGCUGGUCUUGGGGUUGCUCCCAUGGGCACAGUCCUCAUGGAGGAGGUGCUGGGGAUCGAGUCCCAACUUGGAGCUUUGGAUUCUAACCCUGAGCCCAUGGGCCUCUGUUUUGCAAGCAGUUAAGCAAUGCGAUCAUCUUCAUGAGAUUUAUUCGUUAGGAGUGUGUAUUAGGAAGAUGAGAAACAGAUUAUUCUUAAAAGCCCCAGACUUGCUUGUUUAUUAAUUUCAAAGGGUGGAGCAAUGAACAGAAAUUUAGAUGAGUGACCUAGCAGUAUGUGUUCACUUCUGACAUUCUGGAGAACCAACAUGGAUGAUCGAAUGACACUGGGGAUAUUGUGAUCAUCCACUCUGAUUCUCCAGUGUGAAGUCAUACUUCUGUUUGUAAAGCUCUGUAUGCAGUGGACUCCACAUGUCUUUUUAAAAUACCUGGUUUGACUUUUUAAAGUCCGCUCACCUACAACAAGGUUCUACUGAAGCAUCAAGAAUAUUUUUACAAUUUCCAGUGUUAAAUUGUUCUGAUGGUCAAAUACCUUGACAAUUUUAAAAAUGCAUGUGUCUUUUAUGCUGAACUUUUCUAGCUCUAGCUUCCAGUCCCUGAUAUUUCCAUACCAUUGUCUACCCUAAAUGGCAAAGCUGGUUUUGCUAGAGAAAAAACAUUCAUACAGAUGGAAUUUGUGACUGCACUAGCUAGGGACACUUGAAAAAAUUGUAUUUCCGUGCCCUCUUCCUUGUGCUUUUAAUGUUAAGAACAGCAGUAUGUAGACUUUUAUGGCUUACUUACAAGUUGGAUUUGUUUCUUAACUUGAAAGCAUGUGUAUUUGCAGAUUCUUAGGGAUGUUGGUUCUUUCUUAUUUUUUUUCUCAGGUGUGUUGUGUUGUUCUUUGCCCAACCCUAGGAAUGUCCAUUUUGAAUCUGUAAACAUGAAGAAUGUCCUUCACUGGUCAGCACCAGAAGGCACAGGACAUGGAGUACUCUACAAGAUAUGGCGUUGGCAAAUGGAUUAGAAAGCCAGAAUGCAGGAAUAUCAACAGAACAUGGUGUGACCUGUCCAGUGAGACCUCUGACUAUGAAGAACAAUACUAUGCAAGCGUUAAAGCCUUCCUAAAUGGGAUGUGCUCUGACUGGGUAGAGACCACACGAUUCAGCCCUCUUACAGACACUAAAAUUGAUCCACCCAUGGUAAGUGUGUCUUCUACUGAGAAAUCUAUUUCAAUCAUUCUGACUGCUCCUGAGAAGUGGAAGAGGAGUCCUGAGGGAGAAUCCAUAUCUCUGCUUCAAGUGUAUCCUGGCCUGCAAUACAACGUGUCUGUCCUCAACAGAAAAACAAAGAAGAGGUGGUGGUUCUCCAUCAGCAACAACACCUUGGUUGUGCCCUGGUUAGAACCUGGAACAGCUUAUUGUGUCAGUGCCCAGAUACAUGUCACCACACCACUUUUGCACAGUGGGUUCUCCAAAGAAUAUUGCAUUGCUACCUUGAAAGAUAAAACAGGUGAUGAAACUACAACAGUCAUAUUUGGAUAUGUUCUGCCUAUUGCGCUAGCUGCCCUUUUUAUUUCAAUGAUAUGCUAUUGUGUGCACAAGUAUAUUCAUGUCAGCAAACAGAAGCAUCCAACAAACCUGUUAUGGCACUACACUGACAAAUGCAGGGAAAGAGUUUUCAUACCAUGUGAGAAAAUUGUGAUCAACCUUAUCACUGUUAACGGGGAUGAGUACAAGCCAUCUCGGGAAUCCAAUCAUCUAUCGGAAAGGAAAAGUCCCCAUCGCUACACUGUUUACAAUGGUACUGGAGAGAAGGAUUUCCCGUCAAAAGAAGUGCUGGAAACGAAACAGUUGAAGCUUGAGACUUCACAUGAAGAGAUUUUGCAUGAAGAAGAGAUUUUAGCAGAAGGGGACCAAACUGGGAAAUGGCCGUCCUAUGGCCAUCCUGGAACAAAGAAUACUUUGAGACAGAAAAGUACAGAGACUGUAGAGUAUGAGCAUGAUGUAAGGGCUGAAGACUUCAGUCCUGCUCAGGAACUGGAAGAGAACAUUUCUGCCCCCAGGGGACUACUAGGUGAGCCACAGAUUGCCUUGGAGAACUUGGUUACUAUGAAAACAGGACAGCCAUAUUGCCCCCAGCUAGAGGUGAGGGCAGCAGACCCUUGUUUGGGACACAAAAUAGAGGAACUGAGUUUGAAGGUGAUUGAUGGAGUAGAUGAAUUGCCAGGUGUGACCCAUGUCAACUUGGUGGACUUGGAUACAGGAAAAUCUGGGCAGACAUCCUAUCCUCAGCUGAAAAAAAUAACACAGGGCCUCACAGAUAAAAAGGGUGAACAGACCAUAUUAGUAGAUUGGGAUCCUCACACUGGAAGACUGUAUAUUCCUACUUUGUCCAGUGCUGAAAAUCAGGUAUGUGAAAGAGCAUUCAAGUGUGAAGAUCCUGACAAAGAGGGAAUUUUAUCCAGACUGUGUGAGAGAGAGGUAUCUGAUGAAUCAUCAGAGGACCAAGAAAUUUAUCUCCUGCGAUUUCAGGAACAAUGGGGACUGCAUGUAGAAAUGGAAGACUGAACUGUGAUUUUUCUAAGAUGUUUUAAAAUGUAAAAUCUUGCUGACUUUGCCAAAGGGAGUGAUGAACUCUAGUGGAGCACACACAUCUGAUUGUAUUGAAGUUUUCAGAACCAUCAUAGUUGAACAACUUAUUCAUCAUAUGUUACUUAUAGCAGUUUCUAGGUAAGAUAAAAGUGAUUUUGAGUUUCAUUGUAAAUCUCUUAGGCAAAAUAUGAUGGUUAUGAGAUUAUCUUUGAAAAAAAAAAAUUUUUACACAGGAUGCUGUUAGGACUUUCAUAUUGUAAUUCCUACCAAAACAAAUUAUCAGUGUUCCAAAGCAGUUAUUUUUAGCAAAUAAAAAGCAAUAAUAUGACAUUUUUUUCUGGGCUAUUUCGUGUAUCUUGACACAAUGCAGUCUUUUGCAGGACUCGCUCCUUCUACUUGUAGUGAUUUGAGCUGACUUUUAUGGAAGUUAAGGGCAUUCCACUGUAUAGUUUGUUUCUGGUUUAUAAAUAUACUUCUACUCAA